AUGAAGGAGGACAGGCAGCUCAAAGAUUUACAGCUGAUUCACUUACAUGUUUUAAUGGAGGAGAAUGUGUCUACAGAGAGCUAUGCAACUGCAGUCGAUUUAACGCAACUGGACCAAGAUGCCAGACAGGUGAAUAAUGAUCCUGAAUGCCAUUCUUCUCCUUAUUACUGCAAACGGUCCAUAAGUUUAUUCUUUUCUGGAGAUGAACAGAUAAAGAUGAGCAGUGAAGUCACCUAUAAAGGAUUUGGAGUACAAUUACCUUAUAUUAUUGGAAACUUACACAUCCAGAAACUAGCUGGAUACUUCCUAGUCAGGCACCAGAAUGGUUUUACUCUGGCUUGGGAUGGUGCAUCUGCAGCGUAUAUCAAAAUGGCACCAGAGUACCUGGGCAAAACGCAUGGACUGUGUGGGAAUAAUAAUGCUAUCCUGCAGGAUGACCUUGAAACAAGUUAUGGAAAACUGACAGACGAUGUAACAGAAUUUGUAGAGAGUUGGCAGGAAAGUUCACCGCAAGGAUCACUCAAUUGGGAUAAAUCUCUUCUCAAUGAACCACCCUGCCUGAGACAAAGCCAUGAAUCUCUACAGUUUCAAAGUGUUGAGUACACCCUGAUUAAAUUCGUGGAUGAUGCCAAACUGGCUGGGAAUGUUGAUCUGCUGGAGGAUAGGAAGGCUCUGCAGAGGGAUAUGGACAGACUGGAUCGAUGGGCUGUGCCAGUGGUAGAAAAUAAUAUGUCAAUUUUUAUUUGUGUAAGGUCAGCAGUUGAUAAUGCAACUUGGUGUCGAGCAUUAACUGAAUAUGCCAGAGCAUGUGCCCAAGCAGGAAAGCCGCUUCAUGGAUGGAGAAUGCACUUUCAGCAGUGUGUGAUUACCUGUGCUGAACCCUUGACCUACAGUGAAUGCAUCAACUGUUGCCCUGUUUCCUGUCAUCAAAAAUCACAGUGCAUUAACAGUGAACUUCCCUGCAUUGAUGGAUGUUACUGUCCAGAUGGCUUAAUUUAUGAAAAUGAAUCGUGUGUCAAACCUAUGGACUGUCCUUGUGACUACCAUGGAAGUUUCUUUGAAAUGGGCUCAGUGGUUUAUGAGGAAUGUAAUAACUGCACUUGCAUUGGAGGAAAGUGGAUUUGUACAAAUCUUACAUGUCCAGCUGAAUGCUCAGUUUCAGGAGACACACAUUUCAUGACCUUUGAUGGACGCAAAUACACUUUCCAAGCUACCUGCCAAUAUAUUCUAGCAAAAAGCCGUACAUCUGGAGCGUUUACCAUAUCCUUGCAAAAUGCUCCUUGUGGACAGAACCAGGAUGGAUCAUGUAUCCAAUCACUCAGCCUUAUUCUUAAGCAGGACCUCAAGAGGCAAGUGACGCUGACUCAUUCAGGAGAUGUUUUGGUAUAUGACCAGUACAAAAUUAACCUGCCUUAUGCAGACGAGUUAUUUGAAAUACGGAAACUCUCUUCUGUAUUUCUUCAAGUAAAGACACACAUCGGAUUACAGAUACUGUACGACAGAGAAGGAUUGAGGCUUUACCUUCAAGUCGAUGGACGCUGGAGGGAUGAUACUGUGGGCCUUUGUGGAACAUUCAAUGGAAAUACAGAGGACGAUUUUUUGUAUGAAUAG